GCCGGGUGAGAUUACAGACAUUCAGAGUUGGUCUCAGUAAUAAUGGCUCCUCAAUACGCCCCCAGUCUCCGCUCAAGACUUCCUCUGGUGGCCUUCCUGCUGGAAACCCUCUUUCUCCUACUGUUUGUCUUUUGGGUGAAAAUAGAGAAGCAAGAGUACAGAAGGUCUGAAAGUGAGCCCUUCGUCCACUCAUAUGCAGAUUUCCAAGAUGUUCAUGUGAUGAUAUUCAUGGGCUUUGGAUUCCUGGCCACGUUUCUUGUGCGAUAUGGUUUGAGUGGAUCUGGGUUUAAUGUGCUGUUAGCAGCAAUGGCUGUCCAGUGGGCCGUCCUGAUGAACGGCUUCCUUCUGCCACAACACCGCCACCACAGAGGACAGAUCCACAUCAGCAUGAAGAGUGUGAUCGAGGCAGAACUCAGCACUGCGUCCGCACUGAUUGCGAUAGGAGCCGUUCAUGGGAAGACAAAUCCGGUCCAGCUUUUGCUGAUGUCUCUGGUGGAGGUCACAGGAUUCGUGGUCAAUCAGUGGAUCCUGAGAACUCUGCUCCACGCUGACGCGCUGUACAGUAUCAUGCUGCUGCAUAUCUUCGGCUCUCUCUUCGGUGUGAUGGUGUCAUGGGUGCUGCACAGAGAGGGCAUCAAACCACACCAUGAGAAAGAGAAGACUGACCGCAAGACUGGCUUAUUCGCAAUGUUCGGAACGCUGUUCAUGUGGAUGUUCUGGCCCAGUUUUAACUCUGCGCUGUUGAGCAGCCGGUGGGAGAGAGCGCUGAGACUCACUGUAAUAUAUGGGACGUACCUGUCUCUGGCUGUCAGUGUUGUAGUGGCGAUGUCUGUCUCCAUGCUCACCAGCUCUAAAGGGAAAAUGAACAUGGUUCACGUCCAGAGCUCUGCUCUUUCUGCUGGUGUUGCCAUUGGAGUUGCCAUGACAGCAGUUUCUGAGCCAUGGGUCGCCAUGGUGAUCGGCUUCUGUGCAUCCCUCUUAUCAGGCCUAGGAUUCCGGUACAUGAAGAAUCACAUGCUGUUUGCUUUUGAGUGUCACGACACCUGCGGCGUCCUCAAUGUUCACACUAUACCUGGAAUUCUGGGAUGGUUUGCACAUUUAUGUCUACGGCUGGCCAGUAUGGAAGGCACAGUAGCUGUGCAGUUUGCAGUGUAUCACAUCUGCGUUCUCCUCAUAACACUGUGUGUGUGUCUGGUGAUGGGCGUGGCUACAGGAAUUGUUCUGAAAUGGAGUAUCUGGAGACCGCAGCAGGACAGGAAGUGCUUUGAUGACCAGGCAUUCUGGGAGUUCCCGAAUUUGGUGACAAAGAAAUGAAGAACGUGAAGACACACUAAUAAUAGAGACGACCGAACCAAUCAACAAAUGCAAUAGCAGUAUAUGUGUGUGCAUGUAUGUCUGUGUGUAUAUAGGUGUAUGCAUGCCAGUGUGUGUAUGCAUGCAUGUGUGUGCGUGUGUGCGCAUAUAUGCAAGUGUGUGUGUGUAAUCAUGUGCAUGCCUGUGUGUAUGUGUGUAAUCAUGCAUGUAUGCAUGCACAGGCAUGCAUGCAUGCGUACGUAUGCAUGUGUACUUAUGCAAGCAUGUCUGUCUGUAUUUAUGCGUGCAUGCACAUAACUGUGUGUAUGCAUGUGUGUAUGUAUGUAUGUAUGUAUGUGUGUGUAAUCAUGUGUGCAAGCAUGCCUGUAUGUAUGUGUGUGUGUGUGUGUGUAAUCAUGCGUGUAUGUAUGCAUGUACGCGUAUACAUUUAUUUGUGUGUAUACGUGCGUGUAGGCAUGUAUGCUUGCGCAUGUAUGAAUGUAUGUGUGUAUAUGGAUGUGUGUGUCUAUGCAUGUAUGCAUACGUGUGUCUGUCUUUCUGUCUGACAUGCAUGUAUGCAUGUGUGUGUGUGUUUAAGAGAUUGCUUAAGUAAACAAUUUACACAAUAAAAUGUCUGUAAUUAAAGAAA